GCCUGACUGAAAGGCUGGGAGACCAGAACAGGACGGAGAACCCGGGCCUCCCCAAAAACAGAGCUCAAAGGGAACCCCGUUCAUCGCGAGGGGCGCGACGGACGUCGCCGGGGGCGGGGCCGGGGCGGGGCCUGGCCUCGUUGUUGAGUGGCUCGUAAUCCAUCAUGGCGGCCGCACGGGUUGGUGUCUGUCCCUGAGCGGCGCUGGAGCCGGAGCCGGUUCCUGGGUCCUGCAGCUGAGAAGCCCCUCCUUUGUCCGUGGCCCUCAUCUGAGGGGGUGGGGGUGGGUUCCGCCACUGAGCUCGGGGGAAGUGACUGCCUGGCGGCCGCGGCGAAAACAUCCUCCGAGGCCGGGGGAGGGGGGUGUCUCGGACAGACCCCCCCGGACUCGGGACAGCAGAAGCCACCGGGCCUCCUCCCCCUUCCACCACCUCCCUCCUCGGGGACCGCUAGAGUCCUUCGUCCCUUACAUCCCUGUAUCGACUCUGGGACCCUGGGGGUGGUCUCGUCUCCCCCACACCUGGGACACCCCGUUUCCUGAGACGUGGAGGUGCGUCGCCCUGGAGUAAGCCGCCCGAGCCCUGCCCCAGCAGCCUCCUACUACCUCCAGGCCACCCCUGAUUCGGAUUCCCUGCUCCAGGCUGGGCCUCAGACCCCCCCCACCACCCCCAUUCAAUCCCCCUUUCUGCUGUCAAGUGGCCUCCCCUCCCCCUGAUUCCCCUGGGUGCUCCUGCCAGCCUCCAAUGCCCUGACUUGUUCAAUGUCACCUACGGCCCCCUCUGCCCUUGCCCUGCCUCAAACUUUAAUGCAAAGGAAAAGUCUAGACUGGUUUCACAGGCCAUUUAAAAAGCGGACUUAAAAGUUG